GUGUGUUAUGUGAUCUGUUUCAUUCUUCGACUGUGUAAAGCUGCAGUAAGAACAGUCCUCGGAUUCUAAUAAAAGUUUGCACAUCGAAAUGCAUUGUGCAAUGUUAUAAGGAUUCUCGGUAAACUUAAAAAAGAAGAAUAUGGCGACAGUUGCAUGCAGUGCUGCGCUCUCCUGCCCUGAAAUAUCGCUCUCUAAUGGACUUAAAAUUCCUAUUCUGGGUUUAGGGACAUCUCAUCAGGGAGGUUAUAGUCAUGACGCAGUAGUGUAUGCUCUUCAGCAGUGUGGCAUACGGCAUAUAGACACAGCUAAACGUUAUGGUUGUGAAGAGGCUUUGGGGAAAGCUGUGGUUGAAAGUGAUGUACCUCGAGAGCAAAUCUGGCUCACCACCAAACUGUGGCCUGCAGACUACGGCUACAAGAGCACAAAACAAGCCUGCCGGGAAUCAUGUGCAAGACUGGGGGUGGAUUAUUUAGACUUGUAUCUGAUGCAUUGGCCUGACAGUAUGGUUUCAGGUCGUUCUAACAGAGAGGUUCGAGAAGAGACGUGGAGAGCUCUGCAGGAGCUUUAUGAUGAAGGUUUGUGUCAUGCCAUCGGCGUGAGUAACUUUCUCAUCGGUCACUUGAACGAGUUAAAAGACGUUGGUGGAGCUGUUCCUCAUGUUAACCAAGUGGAGUUCCAUCCCUUCCAGCAGCCAAUGAAGCUUGUUGAACAUUGUCAGAAAGAGGGUAUUGUGUUUGAAGGCUACUGUCCUCUGGCCAAAGGUCAGGCUCUUACUCACCCCACGAUUCUUCAGCUGGCCCAGAAAUACGGCCGCAGCGCAUCCCAAAUCUGCAUUCGCUGGAGUAUUCAGAAUGGAGUUGUCACUAUUCCAAAGUCCACCAAACCAGAAAGAAUUCAUGAAAACUGCCAAGUGUUUGGGUUCAGUUUGGAUGAUUCAGACAUGGCAGCCAUGAGAUUGUUGCAUGAUGGGAGACGUGUGAGCUGGGACCCUACUCAUGUGGAAUAACCAUGAUAUUUUAUAUGAAAAUAUCUUAUACCACCACCUGUUCAGGUUUUUGGGUUCACACUAAAAGAAGACGACAUGGAGCAAAUUAAUAGGUUACAUAAUAACCAGAAGCUAAUUCAUCUCAGUUAUCCCAUCUGGAAAGGAUAACUUCAAAGAAUUUUCCUGUAGGAUAAAUGGCACACUUUUGAAAUCCAUUUCCUGAUCUCACUGUAAAAAAAGGUUAUUUAUGAAAUGCUGAUGUCACAUUUGCCUUUUAAAUAAAAUGGAAUUUUAAUAUUAU